UCUGGCCACUCCCCCGCCUGCUCCGGCAACGUGUCCCGCCCCUUCCACCGCCUACUUCCUGGUGAGCACGCUCCUCCACGCCGUCUCCUCGGAAUCUGAUUGGCUGAAGAGGCAACCGCUAACGGCCGCGGCGUUUAAACACAGUCCCUGUGCGACUCCUUGCCCGCGUCCCGGAACUAGAUUGUGUUUCCCUAUGCUGAUCUUACGGUGAGCCGCAAUGGAGUCCUCAGUCAUGGAAACUGAUUCAGUUACUUCAAGAACAAAGAGGCAUGUAAGAGACAGAAGAAUUUCAAAGACUGCAAAACUAAAUGUUUCUCUCGCUUCAAAAAUCAAGACAAAAAUAAUAAAUAAUUCUUCUAUUUUCAAAAUUUCUCUGAAGCACAACAACAGGGCAUUAGCUCAGGCUCUUAGUAGAGAGAAAGAGAAUUCUCGAAGAAUUACAACUGAAAAGAUGGUGUUGCAAAAAGAAGUGGAGAAACUGAAUUUUGAGAAUAUGUUUCUUCGUCACAAGCUAAAUAACUUGAAUAAGAAGCUUAUAGAAAUAGAAGCACUCAUGAACAACAACUUAAUAACUGCAAUUGAAAUGAGCAGUCUUUCUGAGUUCCACCAAAGUCCUUUUUCACUGCCAGCUAGCAAGAAGAAGCGAAUUAGUAAGCAGUGCAAGUUGAUGCGUCUUCCAUUUGCAAGAGUUCCAUUAACUUCAAAUGAUGAUGAUGAAGGUGAUGGUGAUGAUAAAAAGAAAAUACAGUGUAACCAGUCUGUUUUACCAGAGGCACCACCUGAUAUUCCCUCUUCAGCAUCAACAAAGCAGUCUUUAUCUGCACAGCAUAAUUUGGAAGAGUUACUUCAGAAAGAAAAUAACAAAAUUAUAUAUAGCCUGGAUGACUCGGAACGUAUUUCUUCUCUUGUGGAUAUACUUCCCAAAGAAAGCCAUUCCUCUUCAGACCAAAGUUGCAGGGCUAAGCAGUCUCCUAGUAACGUGACUGAAAGGAAGAAACGUGGGUCGUCCCGGGGAUCAGCCAAUUUGCCUGCAGACAUGCCUUGCGUAACAAACGUAGUUGAAGAACAAUGCAUUUCAGCUCCAGAAUUAAAUUUGAGGAAUGAGAUAAAUGACUACACUCAGGAAAUAAAUAAUAAAACUCACAGAGAUGGGCAAUGUCUUCCUGGGUUCUCUUCUGAAUCUGCACGUGAACCUAACGCAGAGCAGGUGAAUCAACUGCAAGAUGAUGACUUUCAGCUACAGAAAACUGUGUAUGAUGGUGACAUGGAUUUAACUGCUAGUGAAGUGAGCAAAAUUGUUACAGUUUCAAGAGGCACUAAAAGUAAAAGUAAUAAAAGCGUAAGUGAUUGUCAAACAAAAACUUUUAGAAAAGUGAAAGAUCCACGUGCUGAAAGAAAGAAAGAAAGAUCAAAGAGAAAAUGUAAAAGUAAUUCAGUGGUGGAUAUUGAGGAAAAGAUUGAAAACAGACCCGAAAGAACAUCUGUUGUCCUGAAUGACAGAAGUAAUUCAGAAGACCUACAUGUUUUUACUUUUAGUACUGAACAGCUGGCUCAAGUGAACACUCUGAAGGAAAUAAGCCCCAGUAAUAACUUCAACUCAGAUGACAGACGUAAUACGCAGUGUAAUAAAAAGAAGAGAAGAACAUAUGUAACAAAUGAGCAAAAAGAAAUACACUCUUUCUCUCAAAGUUCAGAUCAGUUCCUUCAAGAGGGUAAAUUUGAUUUGGGUCAGAAUUCCAUAGCUGGUAAUAGAAGUAAAGCUUCUAGGCAGACAUUUGUGAUUCAUAAGUUAGAAAAAGGAAUUGUAUUCCCAACCCAAAAGGACAAAGAAACCACUUCUGAAAAUCUAGGAAUCACAAAUGAAUAUGAAACAGCCAUUUUUUCCACCAAAGAUAUUGGAAAGUUAUGUAAUUAUGAGACCGAGGAUAUGUUGGAUUUGAACAGGUAUGUCACUGAUAUGCAGGCUGCUCAGCAAAAUGAAUCAAAAGUAAACAAACCUAAGUAUAAAGUAAAUCGGAAGACAGAAAUAAUUUCUAAAAGAAACCAGAUACGUGAGACUGAUGAUAGAGAUUUGCACAGUCUAGAAAACAGUAGCUUUUUCUCUGAAACCCAACAGGAUAAAGAAACCAUGUCUGGAAACGUAGAGGUUACACAACAAUUUCAAGCACUUCAUUUCAUCAGAGAUAAUGGAUAUGAGACCCAGAAUUUGUUGGGUUGGCAAAAGCAGAUCACCAGUGUGUACCCUGUUCAAGAGAAUGAAUCAAAAGUUAAUAAGCUUAGGCAGAGAGUAAGUCGGAGAACAAAAAGAAUUUCUGAAGUGGACCAUUUAAAUGAUGCCAAAAGUGUGCAUUGCCUGGAAAAGGAUAGUUAUUUCUUUCCAACUCAAAAGGAUAAAGAGAUCAUCCCUGGAAAUCUGCAAGACCCAAGUGAGUUUCAAACAUCUGUUCUUCCUACCAAAGAUAGUGGAAACCUUUAUGAAGGGGUGAUAAAACAUGUCCAUGCUGUGCCAACUGCUUGUCAAAAUGCUUCAAAAACAGACAAGAAACUUAGACAAAAGGUCUGUCGAAAAACAGAAAUAAUUUCUACAAUGACCCAAACACAUGAGAUUAGUGACAAACCAUUAUGUGACGUAGAAAAGAGUAACUUCUUUUCUCCAACCCCAAAAUAUAAAGAAGCCGUAUCUGGAAACAUGCAAAUCACAAAUGAGUUUCCAACAGCUGUUCUUCCCACUAAAGAUAAUGGAAAUUUAUGUGACUAUGACACCCGUGAUAUAUUGGAUUUGCAAAAGCAUGCCACUGAUAGGGAAGCAACUGAGAGAAAUGAUCCAAAAAUAAAUAAGAAGCUUAGGCAGAAAGAAAAUCGGAAGACGGUAAUAAUUGGUGAAGUGAACUGGAUAUGUGGAGAUGAUGAUAAAGGAGUGCUUGGUCAAGAAAACUAUCCAAAAGACUUUAAAAUUAGAAAAUCUAAACAAGGACUUGACUGUCAAGGCAUCAGUGGACACUAUGUGAGUACCAACAGUAAUGAAAACAGUCACCAAAUUUUAGAUCCUUACAAACUAGUUAACAAGUAUAGGAAGAAAUCUGGCAAAGCAAGGGAUAAGAAUAAACCUAUUGCAGAGUUGACAGAUUCUUCCCAGACAUCUCUCUCCUUAGAAUUUGGUUUGCAAAAUGUUGCUAAUGAAGCAGAUGCUGAUGCAGGCAACCAAAUUGAACACUCUAACAGUGAGAAGCACAGUUCUCCACCUUUGAGUAAAAGGAGAGAUACUUUCUUUAUAGAGAUGGUAAAAGAAGGAGAAAGCCAGAUGAAAAAAGUAAAUAAAGUGACUUCCAAAUCAAAGAAAAGAAAGAUUCUCCUGGCUCCCUCUCCAGAUACGCAUGAAGUAACGGGGGAAAUGCCUGACAUUGUUCGCAGAGAGUCAGCUGACUGUGGACAGACUGAUAAGGAAAAUUACUUGGAGAAUGAGCAGAUGGUUGCAGUUAAGCCAGACUUUUGCACCGAGAAGUUUAGAUCUUUUUCUCGGAUAUAUUCACCUAACAUAAAAGAUUCUUCCUUUCACAGCGUUCAUGAGAGCUCAAUACCUUUGAGUUUUUCUUCUAGUAAAAAUCUGGUAAUAAAAGAAACUUUUGCCCUGAAAUGCUCACCAGUUUUUCCAGCAAGUGAAGAUGUACAUAAGAAGGUGAAAGAGAUGAAGCUUAAAGUCAACCAGACAACAAAAACAUCAAGAAUAGGUGUUAGAGCAUUACAGGACUUGACAAAUACCAAUUUUGUUUCCUGUGACACUGCAAAAUCUGAAGAAGUGUUAGAAGAUCCUUCCUCAGAGGUUCCGAGGAAAAGAAGGAGAUGUGUACCUCUCUCUCUGAAAGAACCGAGUCUCAGAGGGAAGAUGAGAAGAUGAGGUGAAAUUUGUGGAUUCUGUUUUUUUCUGAAUUCCCAGCAUAAGUCACAACAGAAGUAUAACAAGGAUGAAGAAGAUGAAAUACUCAGUAAAAAGCACCUUUUUGUUAUUGUUUUGGGACUAUUUGUGGAUUGUUUAUUUAUCCAUUAUGUUAAUAAAUAUAUGUGUAUAAGAUACUGUUUUAUAAUAAUAAACCUUAAAAAUUU